GCUUAACUUAUAUGUGAUAGCGGUAUCGGUGAGUGCGCUGCCGCCGGUAGUGUUUAGUGUUCCUUUGGCCGUGACGCCGAGCGCCGCGACGCGUACUUACCUCGUACCGCGAAAACAAACUAUGCAAUUAUCUCCCUUUGAUAAGACGAUACAGCUCGUUAUCAGUUCGUGAUAAGUUAACAGUGUGAUACCUGAUAAAAAAACCAAGUGGCCGACGCCUGUAUUAGUGUUCUUACAUAUUAUGUAAAACUCUGAAAGUCGAAGUUUCUCAACUGGUGGUGCAAUUAUGACGACGAUGGCAGGGUCUCGUAAGACGGUCUCCAUUCAUGACUACCCUGAGCACCUGAAUCCGUUUCGGGAAGAAGAUAAUCACCACAAGAUCAGGUUCUGGACGAUCGGACGAAGAUUAAGCAGAUCUAACAGCAUCACAUUUUCUGGGAUUAAGGACCUAAAAAAUUCAUGGUCUUUGCGCUCUUUUAUGAGAAAAGGAAAGAAAGGUGAACAGGCCACUUUACAAGACAGUAAAAAAAACCAAGUUAAUGGCGGCAACAGUCCUGUCGUCUUCAGGCGAGCUUUACAAUAUUCCUCAACGUCUGGAGCGCGCAGUACGGUUGGAUCACCGGAGCGUGCGGACCGCUAUGUUUACGGAGGUUCCGUCACGCCACUACCGCGCUCACGGUUUCAAGAGCGCCUCCGUAGUUCUCAACAGGAAAUCAAUUCGCUCAGUCCCACUCCCCGUAUGGCACGUAGCGAUAUUAUGGGGUCAAGGCUUAGUGUCGAGAGCACAAAUCCUUUCGACGAAGCGCCCAUACCACCCGUACGCGCAUCUCGAAGAAAGAAAAAACGCGCUCCACCUCCGCCCACCACGUCAACUGCUGAUGACUCGAUGAAUAGCGAGAACUUGGAACUGCGCAUAACAGAAACUGAUGACAGUAAACACUCUAAUAAUGUUGAUGACGAUAUUGAGGAAAUGAAUUUAAAGGUGGAACUUAAAAUAGUCGAAGACGAGGAAAAGAAUAUAACACUUAUUGAACCUGAAAAGACUAAAGUUCCUGAUAAAGUUGACGAAAAUCAUCAAAUAGUCGCAGGUGAGGAAACCAAAGAACUAAAUAGUAUUAAUUCCAUUGAAACAAAACUUGAAGAAACGGCCGAAAAUAGAUCGAAAUCAAAAGAAGAUAUUCUUGAACAGGUUUCCUUUCCUAAGGUCGAUAUAUUAAAAUACAGAAGGAACUCUAGUGUUAAUGAGGAUGACAUUAAACUGCGACGAGGAAAUUUAGAAGAUUUUCACACAUUAUCGAACAAAAGGAGUAAAAGUUUAACAAAUACUUUCGACGGUAGUUAUGUGGCUUAUGACGUCAAUUUAAAUCAAAGUACAUGUUUCGAUAUAAAUAGCAAUGAGGAGCCGCAAAAAGUUGUCUGUAAAGUAUAUGACGACUCUAGAAAGGAGAGCAUAGAUAUUUCUAUUUCGAGUACAGAAAAAGAUUUUUUGGAGAUCGAUAAGGCAACGAGAGAAUUGGAAAAAGAAAUAAAUAAACUUAACUCUGCCUUAAUAGAAGAUGAUUUUAAUUUUGAUAAUAAUAACAGACUAUCGGUAUCCGAGAUAAGACAGAAAUUUGAUAGAAGUGAUGCUAGUUCACCAAAUCCGAUACCAAAGCCUAGAAGAAGUCACUAUGGCGAACCUAGUACAGUUAAUGGUAAUAUCUAAACGUCAUUGGUCGACAAAAUUAAUUAAAACAUUUUAAAUGUUCCAUCAUAAUCGUAAUAUACUUUUUUUAAAUAUUA